UUGCCCCGUCAAGAUGACUGUGACCUACGGUGUGGAAAAGUGUCCGGCGCGGUUUGAUGAGUACCGGUGCUCGUUGUCCGACAAGUAUCGGGCGUUGGCACUGGAGCAGCUGCGGGAGGAUGACACGCUGCGGGAGCAGGCGCUGGAGGCGAUGCGGGCCUGGAUCGCCAAACAUCCGUACAUCCGGCGGUGCCGGACGGACUCGUUGUUCUUGUUGAGGUUCUUGAGGCAGCGCAAAUUUUCGAUUCCGGUGGCGUGUGAAAUGUUGGAGCGCUACUUGGCCAUGCGUCAGACGUUUCCCCAGUGGUUCCAGAACUUGGACCCGUAUGAGGAGGAUUUGAAGGAGCUCGGUUCGAACGAUGUCUUCCAAGUGCUAGGAUUCGACGAAAAGGGACGCAUCGUGAUCCUGAUCAAGGCCAAGAACUUCAACGUGGAACGGUUCACGCUGAUUCACCUGAUGCGCUAUUUGCACAUGUACGCCGAAAUUAUGGCCAGCGACGAGCGCAUCCAGGUCGCGGGAAUCGUCCUGGUCGUGGACUGCUUCAACACCACCAUGAUGCACUUUACCCUUUUCAACCUGUCCGACAUGAAGAACAUGAUGCCGUACAUUAACCACCUGAUCCCGGUCCGCUGCAAGGAGAUCCACGUGAUUCGACUGCCUAAGAUGAGCGUCACCCUGGUGGAUAUCCUGCUCACCUUCAUCAGUCCCAAGCUGAAGCAACGGUUCUUCUUCCACAAGACGAUGAUCGACGCCAAGAAGCACCUGGACAAGUCGCUGCUGCCAUCGGAGUACAACGGCACGAACGACUCGAUGGAGCUGUCGGAGGCGUACCACAAGAAGGUGUUUGCGGCCCAGGCCGAGCUGGCCCUGCUCGACCAGAUGGAGAUUGACGUGACCAAGUACUCGGCCAUGUGGAACCAGAACCACGUGGCCAGUGCCGCCGGGGGCUGCGGAAAGGCCAGCGAAAUCGACAGCGGGAUGGUGGGCAGCUUUCGGAAGCUGAACAUCGAUUAGCGACCCCGCUUGGAAGUGGGAAGUGUUGUGAUUUUCAUGGUAUUAGCAGUAAGUUUGUGUGUGUUCAGAAUUUUCACAUCAAUCUAGGCUUAGGUAUGAUUAAUUAGGGGCGUUUUUUGAACAAGUUUCGAAAGAGCAUUACGCACAUGCGGUUAGUGAAACGAAGAUGGGCAACAUUUCGAAACCGGUCGAAAUAGCUCGCAGAAGACGACGCCUCGGCACAAGAUGUGGUUUUGCAAGCGCAACGUUUAGUAGGAGGAAGGUCAGGAAAAACCAGAAUCCAACCGGCUGAUGUGAAAGUGGACGCACGCGUCUAUGUCGGAUUCGUUGGAAUAGCUGACAAAUGUUUAGCUGAAUUAGAAUUAAAGAUUUUUUAUUGGAGUGUGAAGAAUGCACGUGUGAAAUAUUUCAAAUUUGUAUACAUUUAGGUGAAUAUAAUAAAGUAAAACAUUCGAAACAA